AUGUACGCUUAUCGAUCAUACCUGGAAGCAUUACUCAGUCAUGGAGAAGACGCUAAAACCCAUCAAUUGCGAGCGGGUGGAUACUUUAGAGACCUGGCAAAUAUGGAGACAACCGGGGCUGCGAUCAGCGACAGCUCAGCAACUAACAAAGGAGCCAUAGCUCGCUUCAAGAUGGCAAAGUUCAGUCGAAGUUUUGAACUCCAAGGUCGCAUUCAUAACGAGAUGUUCGAGCAAGGAAAACUUCUCCUCAGCAAAGUACCCCUUACAGUCGAAUUAGCCAUGGGAAACCCUAAAUUCAACCUGAUGUCUGCGUCUACAACUACGGAUUACAAGAUAAAAUUGGAGAAAGCGAUCCUCUACGCAAGCCACAAUGAAAUUGCAUCCUAUGUCCGAGUAGCCCACGAAGAAAAGCUUAUAACGGCUAAUGCAAAAUACCUCGUGGCAAGAAUCAAAACGCGUUACUUUCAGAAAGCUGCAGGAACUGCCGACCUGUCCGAGGCCAAUCUGUGCAAGGGAGAGACUCCGAGAAGAAUUAUUCUGGGCCUGGUCGCCAACAAUGCCAUGAACGGUGCUCUCGACGGAAACCCGUUUAAUUUCAAGCAUUAUAACGCGACCAGCGUAAAACUAACCGUUGCGGGAGCUGACAUUCCUUUACGGGGAACUAAAAAUGAAUUUUGGCGAUAA